CUGAGAACAGAGAACUGAGAACAGAGGACAGAGAACUGAGAACAGAGAACUGAGAACAGAGAACAGCUCCUGGUGUGUUUGAUUGAAACAGUUGUUAAUGGGGGACGAGGUGAGAAGAGGAGACGAAGAGGAGCGCGGGCCAGGUGCAGCUCACCAGGUGUUUGUGAAGAUGGAGGCUCUGAUGGAGAAGUUAAAGGUGUUAAACUACGAGGACGAAGUUCUGACCAAACACAACAUGAAGAACCUGUCCAGACAUUACUUUGUCUCCAGUCCGUAUCUGGGGUUGAACCCGGGCGAGCAGUUCUACAUGUUCACCAUCAUCUCAGCGUGGCUCAUCAACGCAGCGGGGAGGCCGUUCACCGAGCCGCAGGAGUACGACGAACCCAACGCCACCGUGUCCAACAUCCUGGCAGAGCUCCGGGCGUUCGGCGUUAAGGUGGACUUCCCGCCCUCCAAACUGAAGUCGGGAUCGGGAGAAUACGUCUGCUUUGUUUUGGACCAGCUGGCUGACAAAGCUCUGAGCAGGAGAGGGUUCUCCUUCAGAAGGCCAAACUACCCGACAGAAACCACAGAAGAAGAGUCAGUAAUGGAGGACGACGCGGAGCUCACACUCAGCAGAGUGGAGGAGGAGAUGAUCGAGGAGCCUGAUGAGGACGAGGAGAACGUGAUGGACCUGGAGGCUCUGAAGUUAAGAACCACUCACACUGAAGCCGACGCGUCCUCCAAACCGGACGAGAUUCUGGAGUCGACGGUGGAUGCAGCAGAGUGGAGCCUGGAGGUGGAGAGAGUCCUGCCGCAACUCAAAGUCACCGUCAGGACCGACAACAAGGACUGGAGGAUCCACGUGGACCAGAUGCAUCAACACAGAGACGGGAUCAAGUCCUCGCUCAAGGACACCAAGAGCUACCUGGACAAACUGCAGGAGGACAUCGGUAAGACUCUAGAGAAGGUGGGCAGCAGAGAGAAAUACAUCAACAACCAGCUGGAGCAUCUGAUCCAGGAGUACCGCAGCGCUCAGGCCAAACUCAGCGAGGCUAAGGAGCGCUACCAGCAGGCCAGCGGAGGAGUGACUGAGAGGACCAGAGUCCUGGCAGAGAUCAGCGACGAGCUGGAGAAGGUGAAGCAGGAGAUGGAGGAGAAAGGCAGCAGCAUGUCGGACGGAGCUCCGGUGGUGAAGAUCAAGCAGAGUCUGACCAAGCUGAAGCAGGAGAUCGUUCAGAUGGACGUGCGGAUCGGUGUCGUCGAGCACACGCUGCUGCAGGCCAAACUCAGAGAGAAGUCCAACAUGACGCGCGACAUGCACGCCACCAACAUCCCCGAGCCCGCCACAGGGGCCUUCUCAUAGGUAUGCCUGCACACAGGGGCCCUUCUCGCUGGUAUACUUGCACACAGGGGCCCUUCUCUUAUGGAAUACCUGCACACAGGGGCCCUUCUCUUAUGGAAUACCUGCACACAGGGGCCCUUCUCUUAUGGAAUACCUGCACACAGGGGCCCUUCUCGCUGGUAUACCUGCACACAGGGGCCCUUCUCGCUGGUAUACAUGCACACAGGGGCCCUUCUCGCUGGUAUACCUGCACACAGGGGCCCUUCUCUUAUGGAAUACCUGAACACAGGGGCCCUUCUCCCUCCACCUGUCUCCUUCCUCUCUCACCUGAACUUUGAAGUGUUGAACAUCUUAACUUUGGAACCUUUUAACAAGCGAGAAUCAAAUUUAAAAACGGAACCCCGCCUCGUCACACGGUUUCAAACCUGUGCUACAUUUAACAAACAUUCUUUGCACGCUGUCCUGUCCAUGAACAUGAACUUGUAAAGAUGUUAACAUUUGAACAUUUCAUGGAUUUGACUCGUCCUGAAUGUUUCUUAUUUAUUCCUUGCCUUCAAUUCUUAGUAAAUUAUUUUUUCUCUGUAUUUUUGUCGUUAUGAAGGUCGAAUAAAUGUUGUUGCAAAGAAUAGUUUCUGUCCUCUGUCGACAUUUUAAAUAUUUUCUUCUUUGAGCACAUUGGCUCAGCUAGGUGAGGUCUCAUGUCGUUAUAAAAUGUUUCAAAUUCCAUUAUUUCACAUUUGAAAAUAAAUAGAAUUUCAUUCAGGA